AUGGGGAAGAAGUGGUUGCCUCUGGAGUCCAAUCCUGACGUCUUGAAUGAUUUCACAAACAACCUGGGUCUUGACGUCUCCAAGCAUUCCUUUCACGACGUCUAUGGGCUUGACGAGGAGCUGUUGGCUAUGGUGCCUCAACCUGUUCUCGCACUACUGCUGCUAUUUCCCAUCACCAAGGAGUCAGAAGCAGCCAAGGAAGCUGAGGAUGCGAGGCUGAAGAAAGAGGGGUAUGCAGUGCCUGAGGGCGCGUACUUCAUGAAGCAGACAAUUGGCAAUGCCUGCGGCACAAUUGGGGCGCUGCAUGCCAUUGCCAACACCCAAGACAAAGUCUCCAUCACGGAUGGCUCUUUCCUGGAGCGAUUUUUGGCAGCGACAGCAGAAUUGACGGCCGAGCAGCGGGGCAAAUAUCUAGAAGAGCCGCCCCCAGGCGCGCCUGAUCUGGACGAGGCACACCAGGCAGCAGCGCAGGAGGGAGACACAGCCCCUCCGUCACUGGAUGAAGUUGUGGACCUGCACUUUGUGGCCCUGGUGGAAAGUAGUGGCAGGCUCUUAGAGCUGGACGGCCGGAAGUCUUUCCCAAUCGACCACGGCCCCACAUCUUCGGAUGACCUGUUGAAGGAUGCGGCAAUGGUGGCAAAGGAGUUCAUGGACGGCAACAGCAGCAUCAGUUUCAACCUGAUAGCUUUCGCAGCGACUCCAUCGGAAUGA